AUGAAGGUCCCAGGCAGGUACUCAAGAAUCAAAGAGAGGUUCGUGAGACCAACUCUAUCACGUUCUCAGUUGCUAAGAGCGUUUCAUGUGCAUGAAUAUAACCUUCAUGUGAUACAAGUUCCGAGAGGCGACCGAGUCCAAGGCGGGUGGAACCAGGGUGGAGGAUACAACCGCGGCGGAGGCGGCUAUGACAACCGAGGAGGAGGCGGAGGCUAUGACAACAGGGGCGGCGGAGGAGGAUAUGAUAAUAGGGGAGGAGGUGGUGGAUACGAUAAUAGGGGAGGUGGUGGAGGCUAUGAUAAUCGGGGUAGCUAUGACAAUCGUGGUGGUGGUGGCUACCGAGGUGGUGGCCACGGUGGCUAUGACAAUAGGGAUUUCUUUUGA